GUGAACAAAAAUAUAAUCUAAUAAACUGCAAUUAAGGCAUAUUGAAUGUUAAAAUGCCUUUCAAAUAUGUUAAGUGGGUAUCAUAACCCAUUUUACUCUUAGUAAUUCAAUAAUUGAAUAAAUGUUAAAAAUCUGUAAGUUCAUAUUAGAGGUAUCGUAUCGGUAUCGAUAUCGGCGAUACUGGCCUUGAAAUCAGUAUCGUAUCGAAAACAAAAUAAGUGGUAUCGCCCUUCCUUCUAGAGUCUUUAUAUGCCUAUACAGUGGAGAUUCAGCUGCUGGGACGUUACUAAAGGUGUAACCAUAGACAUUGAAUGUGAUUCACAACAAAGACUUCCUUACGUCAGACACGGUCAGGUGGCAGUUAUACACACCUACAUAUUCAAAUUAACUUUGAAGUAUCUGGGCUGAAAUGAAACCUAAAUUACUGAACGUAACUCCGUCUUAGCUGUGUGACACUCGGCGAGUUGCUCCCAAAUUAUCCAGAAACAUGGGCAAAAAAAGGGUUCACUUCGCAAAUGGUCUCCACAGAGGAAACAGACAUUUGCCCAAAGACACUUUCACACCUCUUCCUUAUAGACGUGUGUACGGACGACAGAGGCCUUCAGAGAAGGGGAGAAAGUGUCUCCAUGGUAUGGCUAUAUGUGCUCAACAGACCUGGCCUCAUAAUCAGCAAGAAUUACCAACACAAAGAGGCCAUGGCUCAAAUGUCAAGACUCUGCUGAAUAUAAUUAUAAAGGACCUGCAGCCCUUAAACGCUGUGAAAGGAUCUCAUCUUGCACGGAUUCUACAACCCUCUUUAGAUGUUCCCUUCCAGAUCCGAACUGAACUUCAGAACCUUUACAGGGACAAGAGGUUGGAAGUACAGAAAGCAGUCAAUAACACAACUAACCUCACUCUCUCAGCUGAGCUGUGGAACUCCAGUGAGAUGUUCUACCUGACAGUAUCUUGUCACUUAAUUAAUGAAAACUGGGAACUAAAAUCAUACGUUUUGGAAACAGCUCAUUUACUCACCGAUCAUACAGCAGAAAAAGCCGUAGAGCAACUUUUGAGAAUUUCAAACGAAUGGAACAUUACAAAAAAGACCGAAUUUGUGGUUACGAAUGUUAACGGCAUGAAGAAGGCCCAUAUCAACGGAUGCAGAUGGACCUAUAUACCUUGUUUUGCUUAUACUCUGGAUAAAGUUUUCAAAGAAACAAUAAUGUUCUCCGACUGGGAACCUCUGCUCAGGAAAUGUCAGCAAAUAGUUGCGUUUUUCCACCAAAACGAGAAAGCCUCGCAAAAACUCCAGGAGUAUCGUGAUUCUCUCCAUCUCGAGCGAAAAGAACUGACUCAAUCCUCUGGUCUAAAGUGGUUCCCUACUCUCCAUAUGCUGAAGAACAUCUUAGUGCUGUGGCCAGCCAUUUUUAAGGUUUUUGUCGACAAAAGAAUCGAGGAUCUUUGCCUGAACGAGAAUGAAAGAAAAAUAGUUGAAAACAUUGUAGCAGUACUGGAUAUUCUAAAGGAUGUCACAGAGAAAGUAGGAAAAGAAGGGUUCAGCCCCAUCUCAAACAUCAUACCGCUUGUCCAAAUGCUGCAGGAGAGGCUGAGAAACCUGAUGAUGAUGGAGAACAGAAUAGCAAAGAAACUGUCCGAAAAAUGUGACUAUCAUAUCGGCAGCAUCAAGCAAAACCUUUGGUUUAGAGUUUGCACAGCGCUGGACCCGCGAUACAAAACCAGGGUGCUGCGGGACGCUGGCAUUGAAGAUGUUACAGCAGAAAUCAGGAGACACAUCAGGGGAGAAACACACACUUACGACAUUGAGAGUGAAGAGUCAGUCUGGCAAAAGUACUGGAAAUUAACAGGAAUUUCAGGGAACACACUCGAAUUCUGGAAGACCAAAGAAGAGUUUCAAAAACUGGCAACGGUGGCCCGCAAGUACCUCACAGUGGUCUCCACUUCCAUUCCAAUGGAGCGCGUGCACCAGCCACAUACAUCACAGAUCGUCAACAGGAGAAACUGCCUGGAGCCAGAAAAUCUCAAUAUGAUACUGUUUUUGAACAGCAACCACUGAGAGAAAAAAAACCCAGUAUGUACUAUAUGUAUAAACUAUUUAUAAAUGAUGCUUAGCAAUGCCAAAUACUGUAUGUCAAAAUGUAUAUAUCAAAAUGUAAAUUCAUGUAAACCUGCAAAAGUCUAUCCAUUCUAUUUAUACAUCUAUGAAUUAAAGCUUAAGACAAUGACAAUGAAAACCCUAAAACGUUAAGUUAGAACGAGAAAGAACCUUGGAGGAAUAAAUGACCAAAUUAAGAGAUGAUUGCUAUGAUUCUAUGUGCUCAAAAAAGGAACAUAUUGAACAAUAUUAAGACAAAUUAACAAAUAGCAGAUACAACUGUAAACGAAGUUCUCUAUAGAGUUCAAUGAAACUUUUAUAGGAGUAAGUUUCACUUUCUCAAAAACGCAACCGAAACAAAAGAAUAAAUUAGGUAAAGCAGGUGAGCUGGAGUUAAAUUUAGCACUAAUUAAAUGUCAACAUUUGUUUAUUCAAAACAACACAAAUUGUGCAAAAAAGAAAGUGUGGAUAAUUACAUUGUCAUCUGAAGUGUGCAAUACCACAGCAAAAAAAAAAAAAAAAAAAAAAAAACUACA